UCACGUUUGCGCGCUUCCUCGUCGAUUAAUACGCCUGAUACACUCGUCGAAACGACGAAACGCGAAAUAUUCGUUCAGACUUGGAAAGUUUCCCACGCGCACGAUUUGUCGAGCACGAUUUAUCGCCGUGUGCGUGUGUGUCGGGAUUUUGCUCGGAACGUGAGCUCCGGAUUUUUACGUUUCCGCGCGGCAGUGUCAACGGUGAUAAUUGCGGCCGAUUCGGCCCCGAUUUUUAAAGAUACAUUCGUUUAUUCGCCAUUCGAGCCACAAGGGAUUAGUGCUCGGUGUUUACGAGACAGAGGACGAGAGCAACGUCGUGCUAACCCCCACGGCGACCAAGUACAAUGCCUUGCUUAACGGGAAGCUCGUGAAAAAUAUCGUGCUGAAUGACUAGACUGAGAGACGGUAUUAUACACAUGAUAUGAAGCGCGACUUUGCUCAGCACAAGGAUUUCGUAGAUACACGCUGCGCUUUAUAGAUGAGAAUAUAAUACUGCCUGAUUAAUGAUAUAUUCUUUUCGAUACGACGAGUCAGACAAGUCGAAUGCCCCCUUAAGAGACUUUACAAAAAAAUAUUAACUCCUGAGUUAAUUAACCAUCACUGCUUCAAGACUGAGAAAUAUCAUAUAGAAUAAUAGUAGUAAUGUCGACUCCGGGCGAUUGUAACACGGGGAACGAUAGCUGCCCAGGGAGCAGUGGUGGAUUAGGCGAAGGUAGCAGUAAAUUUAGUAAACAUCAACAACCCACGAACGUCCUACAGAGGAUGACUGGGAUAUUAGAGGAUAAGAGCAACGACUACAUGUGCCCGAUUUGUUUUGAUCUUAUCGAUACGGCUUACAUCACGCGUUGCGGACACACAUUUUGCCACAACUGUAUCGUAAAGUGUCUAGAGAUUAAAGAUCGUUGUCCGAAAUGCAGUUUCACGUUAAGCGAGCAGGACAUAUUUCCGAACUUUCUGUUAGACGAAUUGGUGUCCAAGUACAAAACGAGGACAAAAGGUCUCGCACAGCUAAGCUCUUACGCGGAGAGCGGUAAAUAUCGAACGGCGAGUAACGAUUCGUCGACGCCAGCGUCAGACGGAUUGAGAAGUAUCGUGGCGGCCGAGAGCGCCAAUCUCACCCUACCCGAUGUGAACGUGAUGCUGGAGGUAUUGACUCAACGGAAGCACCUGCUCGAGGCGGAGACUUGUACGGCGCAGAAUAAAUUGCUGCACGAGUUCCUCAAGCAUUUGUUGCAGCAGAAGGAGGAGCAAAAGAAUCAGUUGCAAAAGGAAGUAGCAUUGAUCAAGAAGGACAUGGAGGAGGUGGAAAAUAUCCUGAAGGACGUCCAGAGCAAGUGUCCGCGGGUGGAGGACGUCAGGAAGGCGAGUGAAAACGACACCGCGCAGGUUUCGGCUAUCAGAAGAGAGAUGCUGGGCCUUUUAGAUAUAAUAGAUUCUAAUAUGGUGAAGCCUAGCGAUAAGGCAGCCGGCGGCGUCGACACCUUCACAAAUCCGAGCGCCAGUCAACCCAGUGGGUCCACCCUGGCCAUCCGUAGGAAGAGGCUGCACGCUCACUUCGACGAUUUCGUUCAAUGUUACUUCGAUUCCCGCGGAAAGGAGCUGCUACUCGGCCAGAAGUCACAGUCGCAGAGCGAAGCGCAGCAUGGCGGUGUGCACAGUACAAAUUCCGGUUUGGACAUCUUCCGAGAGAACCUUGUCAAAUUCUCACGCUACAAUUCGCUGCGUCCGCUGGCCACUCUCAACUAUUCUUCGGAUCUCUUCAACAAUUCCACAAUCGUGUCUAGCAUCGAGUUCGAUAAAGAUAACGAGUUCUUCGCUAUUGCCGGUGUGACGAAACGCAUAAAAGUGUUCGAUUACGGCGCAGUCAUACGGGACACCGUCGACAUUCAUUAUCCCUGUGUCGAGAUGGUUUCCAGCUCCAAGAUCUCGUGCGUUUCAUGGAAUUCCUUCCACAAGGGUAUGCUGGCAUCGUCAGACUAUGAGGGCACGGUGACGGUAUGGGACGCCAGCACGGGUCAGAGGACCAAGACAUUUCAGGAACACGAGAAGAGAUGCUGGUCGGUUGACUUUAACGACGUUGACACUAGGCUGAUCGCAUCCGGCUCUGACGAUGCUCGGGUCAAAUUGUGGGCGUUGAAUACCGAUUAUUCCGUGGCGUCAUUGGAGGCAAAGGCAAACGUGUGCUGCGUAAAGUUCAACCCGCGCAGCUCGUGUCACCUAGCCUUCGGCUCCGCUGAUCAUUGCGUCCACUAUUAUGAUCUGCGUAACAUGAAGGAGGCAUUGUGCAUAUUCAAGGGCCAUCGUAAAGCGGUUUCGUAUGUCAAGUUCAUCAACAAGGAGGAAAUUGUCUCCGCCAGCACCGAUUCUCAACUGAAAAUGUGGAACAUAAAUAAUCCACUUUGUUUACGUUCAUUCGUAGGUCAUGUAAAUGAGAAAAACUUUGUCGGACUCGCCACUGAUGGCGACUAUGUUGCCUGUGGAUCGGAAAAUAACGCGUUGUACGUAUAUUACAAGGGUUUGACGAAGCAAUUGUUCUCGUACAAAUUUGACGCCGUUCGAAGCAUAUUAGAGCUGCAGGACAGAAGAGAGGAGGAUCUGAAUGAGUUUGUAUCUGCAGUGUGCUGGAGGCAGAUGUCCAAUGUUGUAGUAGCCGCAAACUCCCAAGGAAUUAUUAAAAUAUUAGAAUUGGUUUGAGACAAUUGGGGAGAAUUAAUUGCACAGAAAGCUGAUUAUGAGUGAAACGUGUAUUUAAUUACUAUAAAUUAAAAAGGGUCUAAAAAAGAUGAGCCGAAACUAGAAAGAUAUUAAAAUAGUUUAACUGAAAGAAAUUGUAUUCUAUGAGGAGAAUUUAACAAUUAUAGUUAUGCCUGAAAUACGAUAUUAGAUCUAAAUACUUCCAAUGAUCAACAUAGGAAUAGAACAUGUAUUAUUUUCAAGUAAUUUUCUGUUUUUUAAUGUUUGUUACUUGGAUCCUUUUUAUUUUAUGGUAUUCAUUUUAUAAUAAGUUCGGUCGUGAAUAACAACGAGUGUAACGACGGAAUUAUUCUAAAUAGUUUAAUAAAGAUGUGUAUAUAGUAUAAAAAAAAUAAAUUCUAUGUAAAAAUAUACAGAAAGAAAUUUCUUACGCAAUGAAAUCUAAAUCGAAUAGUAGUGGCAUUGAAUAUGCAUUGAGGAAUAUUGUCGCGAAUGAAGAUCUUCAAUCAAUCUAUGCUCAAUAUAUUAGAGACCACAAAUGUUUUCUUUGAUUAUUAUACGCUAUGCGUAAUUAUAAAUUUGAUAUAACUUGGUAUUACCAAACUUGGUUAAAGUUACUAAAUUACUUGGUAAAAUUAAAUGUAAAAGUAUAUUUUCUCAUCUUGAAUCUAAUUACUAAUCUAAUUUAGUAUAAAGUGCAGACUGAAUCGCGUAAUAAUAUUUUAGAAAUAUUGUAAAAGACAACAUUAUAACAACUAUGCAACAUAUGUUUCUGUGUAUACAAUUUAUGUAUAUAUAAUUAAGAAACAUGAAAUCUUUUUCAUCAUUUUAUAUUAAAUUGCUGAUACUUAAUGUUUAUGCUGAAAACAUGAUAAUUGUAUAUUUGUUAAUUAAUUUAGCAUUUAGUUAAUUAUUUUAGCAGAUACUUAUUUUUGAAUAUAAGUCGUUAAAAUAAAGUUUAUUGAACAAGUGCAAUAACUUUAAAACGGUAUUUGAAUGUGUAAGAGUUUGAAUUAGUGUAUGUAAAAUUAGUGUAUGUUUUCCAUUUAUAGUAUAAAUCAUUGUUAUAUAGAAAUCUUAAAAAUACUUAAAAAUCUUUUAUUCAUUAUUAAUGAUAUUAAUUAACAUAAAAUUAAUGUACGAAUUAUGAAUGCGCAAUAUCAAUUAGUAAUACAAUAAGCAAUAGUUACUUAUUUUCAAUUUAUAAUAAUUGAAUAAUAUAAUUCUGUACAAUUUGUGAACAAAAAUAUGAUAAAAUGUAAUAGACCAAACUAAAUGCUGCAACUAAAAUGUUUUGUAAUAAUAACUGUAUAUGUGUACAUAGAUAGCAAAUAUUUUUAAAUUUAUCUUAUUUGCAGUAUAAAAUUUUUUACUACACAUUAUAAUUUCUAUACGAUUAGGAUGAGUUAGAUAUGUAUUAUGACUUUUAUAUGACAAUAUUAUUAUAAAAUAUCUUGUAUUGCGUCAGUCUAAAUGAGCAUGGGUGAAGAACAAAAUUAACAUAAUACAAAUAAGAUAAUACUACUAUUCUAAGCAAUAUGAAUAUUGUAAAAAGAAAAUUCUGAUCUGCGAAGAUGUACAAACGAUAAAUA